AUGCACAAGAAUCUGAGACAUCAGAUACCAGUGGCUGUACAAAGUUUUGUAGGAGGUGUCAACCUUAUUAUUAAGGAAGAACAAGUUGAGAAAGAUCAAGUUGAGAAAGAACAAGUUGAGAAAAAACAAGUUGAGAAAAAACAAGAUAAGAAAGAACAAGUUAAGAAAGAACAAGUUAAGAAAGAACAAGUUGAGAAAGAACAAGAUAAGAAAGAACAAGUUAAGAAAGAACAAGUUGAGAAAAAACAAGAUAAGAAACAACAAGAUAAGAAAGAACAAGUUAAGAAAGAACAAGUUGAGAAAAAACAAGAUAAGAAACAACAAGAUAAGAAAGAACAAGUUGAGAAAGAACAAGAUAAGAAAGAACAAGUUGAGAAAAAACAAGAUGAGAAAGAACAAGAUAAGAAAGAACAAGUUAAGAAAGAACAAGUUGAGAAAAAACAAGAUAAGAAAGAACAAGAUAAGAAAGAACAAGUUGAGAAAGAACAAGAUAAGAAAGAACAAGUUGAGAAAAAACAAGAUGAGAAAGAACAAGAUAAGAAAGAACAAGUUAAGAAAGAACAAGUUAAGAAAGAACAAGUUGAGAAAAAACAAGAUGAGAAAGAACAAGAUAAGAAAGAACAAGUUAAGAAAGAACAAGUUGAGAAAAAACAAGUAAAGCUAUCUAUUACAUUCUAAAGUUUCAUGUGAGCCCACUAUCCCACUUUCAACAUUAACAUCCACAAUCCAACCAGAAGCAUCUAUAUCCCCAGUACCACAAAAGUUCUUUCUAUUAUUUUAAGUUUUCACUAUGUGCAUGAAGUAUAUUACUA